GUCUACUACACUUCUGUCACAAGCAUCAUCAUCAUCAUCAUCAGCAUCAUCAUCUUCAUCAUCGGUCUUCACGUUGUAGCGCAGACUGCGCAUGCGUCCAGCAUUGGAAUUACCGCACUGGCAAGAAUAAGUUGUAGCUCGUCUUGUCUUGACUAUAAGGAGGCUGGGGAGGAAGAAAAAAAAGAAAAGAAACAGCAACAACACACGCCAUCAAAAGACGCGAGCAUGGCGGUGUUAAGAAGAAGAAGAUGGUGGUUUUGUGUCGGGGUGUUCCCCCUCGUAGUGGCCGUGGUGUGCGCACAAAGUGUCGGUGUGAACGAUCCGAGCAAUAUGCCUUUGGUUAAAGAGACGGUGGAUAGGCUGUUGACAGGUUAUGAUAUUCGUCUGAGGCCAGAUUUUGGAGGUGCACCAGUGGGAGUGGGCAUGAAUAUAGACAUCGCCAGCAUAGACAUGGUGUCAGAAGUCAAUAUGGACUACACACUGACGAUGUACUUCCAGCAGGCCUGGCGAGAUAAGCGCUUGUCCUAUUCGGAGAUUCCCCUCAACCUGACCUUAGAUAACCGCGUGGCUGACCAGCUGUGGGUGCCUGACACCUACUUCCUCAACGACAAGAAGUCUUUCGUCCACGGUGUCACUGUGAAAAACAGAAUGAUCCGACUGCACCCGGAUGGCACUGUGCUCUACGGUCUGAGGAUCACCACGACUGCUGCCUGUAUGAUGGACCUGAGAAGGUAUCCACUGGAUGAGCAAAAUUGCACAUUGGAAAUUGAAAGUUAUGGUUACACAACAGACGACAUUGAGUUUUACUGGCGAGGAGGCAACAAUGCUGUCACCGGCGUGGACAAGAUUGAACUGCCGCAGUUCUCCAUUGUGGAUCACAAGCUCAUCUCCAAGAACGUUGUUUUCUCGACAGGAGCUUAUCCCCGCCUGUCCCUAAGUUUUAAGCUAAAGAGAAACAUUGGAUACUUCAUUCUGCAAACCUACAUGCCUUCGAUCCUAAUCACCAUCCUCUCCUGGGUAUCCUUUUGGAUCAACUAUGACGCGUCAGCAGCCAGAGUGGCUCUAGGUAUCACCACGGUGCUGACUAUGACGACCAUUAACACCCAUCUGAGAGAAACGCUUCCCAAAAUCCCUUAUGUCAAAGCUAUUGACAUGUACCUCAUGGGUUGCUUCGUCUUUGUGUUUCUGGCCCUAUUGGAGUACGCGCUGGUCAACUACAUCUUCUUUGGACGGGGCCCUCAGCGUCAGAAGAGGGCCGCGGAGAAGACGGCGACGGCCAACAAUGAAAAGAUGCGAAUGGAUCCAAACAAGUGGCUGGUGGGCAAUGUCGUUGGACGAGAUGACACUUUGUAUGCGAGGAUGAAACAAAGGGACCUCGAUGGUCAUGACUCCAUGUGGGAACCGAUCUUUAUGGACGAUGCCGCCAUCGGACUCGGCGACCAAAAGAAUAAGCAGAUGGACCCACAUGAAAACAUCUUACUGAGUACUUUAGACAUCAAGAACGACAUGGGAAUUUCAGAGUUGGCUUUGGGUCUUAAUGACCCGCGGAACACCAUGCUAACGUACGACAGUUCAACGCUGCAGUACCGCAAAGCAGGGCUGGCCCGCCACAACUUUGGUCGAAACACUUUGGAGCGCCACAUGGCUCAGAAGAAAAGUCGACUAAGGAGGCGCACCUCGCAGCUCAAGAUCAACAUUCCAGACUUGACUGAUGUAAACUCCAUAGACAAAUGGUCGCGGAUGAUCUUCCCAACCGUCUUCUCUUUUUUCAACAUUAUUUACUGGCUUUACUAUGUCAACUAGGCAAACAACAACAUUUUUGCGGAAUUCUUCUUGGUAUUUUAUUUCCAUGUGUUAUUUUUGUGUCUCGCAACUUGGACCGACGUACACCACCCAGGACUGCAUACAUCAUAUCUUUGAAUAUCACAUUUGGUGACUUACGCCACACACACACACA